GCGACAUGGGCUUUAACCAGCAAUAUCAGCUAAAAACAAUAACAGCUGAACAAACAGAAAAACGGAGAAAAUCGAAAAUUUAAAUAAAAAACAAAAACUAAUAAAAAAAAUAAGAACCCAGACUCUCAUUUGGUGUGUUGCACGCGUGCGUAACAAAGUGGCUCGCGCAUUUAGUACGCAGCGGCUUCCCACUUGAACAAAAAAUCAAAAUACACAUGUAAUAAAAAUAAUAAUCGAAAAGAACAGAAGUUUCCAUUAGCAAUAGCUAUAUAAUCAUAAUCGCUAAAAAAAGAAAAAACAGCCGCAGAAGAGCCAAACACAUACAUAUUUUGUGUACCAGUGUUGAAGUUGUACGUGUCUAAAAAUAGUACCAUAGACUUGAAUAGAUACAUAUAUGUAUGUAUCUGUAUGUAUGUAUGUAUGCAGUACAUAUAGUCUUUUACUUAUGUAAAUAGCUGCGGAAUAUAAACAUUUGGAUUCUUCGUGGACUUUGUGUGAUCGUCUUUUCCUUAUUUUGAAUUUAAUUUACUUAUAUACAUACAUACACAUACACCAAUCAACACAAAGUUAUUUUCGAAACACUUGCAAACAAACCCUGUCCUACUCAUCACAAAAGCAGCAACGAAAACAAAAGAACAAACAGAACUCCAAUUAUGUGUUUUGAUGAGGAUUCACCCUUAGAAUACCACUCAAAACGAUAAACUAACAUUUGAUGGCCGAGCCUACUGGCUUACAAUUUACAGAUUAGUUACCUGGCGACAACAAUAGCGAAGGCACGACCAAAGAGAAAAUGUUAAAACAACCCGCUACAGAUUUUUAUGAUUUAGCGACGGCGAAUGUUUCCUCCGUUCUGCCCGGGCGAUGCACUCCAAACUACAGUCCUUCCAGUUUAAGCGCUAUGGCCAUGCACAACAAUAAUACAAACAACAGCGAGCUAGAUAUGUUAACGCACAGUGGAGGCGGCACCGAUCUGCUCAUGAACAAUAGUGCCAACGAAGGCGCCAGGGGCGGGAAUGGGCGUGAAAACUUGCCCAGUUUCGGUUUUACACAGGAGCAAGUAGCAUGUGUGUGUGAGGUGCUUCAACAGGCUGGCAAUAUUGACAGACUAGAUCGCUUCCUUUGGUCCCUGCCGCCAUGUGAUAAUUUGCAAUUGGACGAAUCUGUGCUUAAAGCAAAGGCUGCCGUCGCAUUCCAUCGCGGGCAGUAUAAGGAGCUCUAUCGACUGCUCGAACAUCAUCACUUUUCACCGAAAAACCAUGCCAAGCUUCAGGCUUUGUGGUUGAAAGCUCAUUAUGUGGAAGCCGAAAAUCUACGUGGGAGACCUUUGGGUGCAGUUGGAAAAUAUCGAGUUCGUCGUAAAUUUCCUUUGCCACGCACCAUUUGGGACGGUGAGGAGACCAGCUACUGCUUUAAGGAGAAAUCUCGAUCUGUGCUUAGAGACUGGUAUGCACACAAUCCAUAUCCAUCGCCCCGUGAAAAACGCGAUCUAGCCGAGGCCACAGGACUUACUACCACACAGGUCUCAAACUGGUUUAAAAAUCGCCGACAAAGAGAUCGUGCUGCGGAGCAUAAAGAUGGUUUCACGGAUAAACAACAUCUCGACUCAUCCAGCGAUUCUGAGCUAGAAUAGCAUGCAGUAAAACCAACAACAACAACAACAACAGCACCACCAGCAAUAAUAACAAUGGCUGCAAUAACAACUUAUGUAUGUAUGUAUCCUGUGAAUGGCAUUAGCGACAUACAAAAGAUCAGUAGGACACGCCCAAGCACCAAUCUAAACACUGACACUUUUGAAAUUGUAGUUAAUGGGCUUAUCAUUUUGUGCCACAUAAAAUAUAAAAUAGAGAUUUAUUUUAUACAGUUAACAAUUCUUAAUGUAAACGACAAAGUUUAUUUGUAUUUUUAUUAACAAUAAAACCGAAAAUAUGAGAAAAAUGUA